AUGUCUUCGGCAGCAACUCCUCCUUCAACAGCGACUCCUUUAACAGCGACUACAAGUACUCCACAACCUUUCGCUGAGGGAAUCCAGAUCACAUCCCCCUCUGGGAAAUCCUACGUCAUCGACGAGGUUAUCUACCAGCGGCCGCGGGGAAAGCGGCUGCAUUGUUUGUACCGAGCGAGAUUCUCGCUGUGGUGCUUCAGUUCUGAGGGCAAGCAAAAGGACAUCCUAAGGGAUGCUCUCGCUGGCUUGGCCGACCUCCACGACAAGGGCAUCUGCCACACCGAUAUCAAGCCAGCCAUCAUGAUGGACUCGUUCCAGCAGAGCGAUGGCACCAUAGGGUUCAGGAACGUGCAGAUCACGGACUUAGAGGAUGCUGUAGUGCUGCCCCCGGGCUCCCCAGGCCUUACAAAGCGUCUCUCCGGGAACCAGUUUUGGAGGAGCCCCGAAGCGUGGGCAAGGGGAGUGCAGAAUACACCGUCCGAUAUCUUCUCAUUUGGCAUUACGGCUAUUUAUGUCUGGCUCAACAGGAUGGCUUUCUUCUCAGAUGAGGCAAAUGCAGCUGAUGACGCGUCGGAGAUGAUACUCCAGCGCCAGAUUUCGCAUUUCACCGACGACGUUGAAGAGUUUGGUGGGUUCAUCGAGUACCACGGAGGAGAACAGGACCCAUUUGUCCAGCGUUGUAUCCAACUCCUCGUGGAAUUCGAUGGCAAGAAAAAAAAGAGAGCGCCCUUUGGUAGGUGGCAUCCGGUAGAUCCAGAGUUUAAGGAUCUAGUUAGCCGGAUGACAUGCUUCAACCCCUUGCGGCGGAUCACGGCCACGGAGGCACUGCAGCACCCGUGGUUCCGAACUUGA